AUGUCGAGAUCAUUUUUAACAACAAUUACUCCAUCAGCAUAUAGAGCAUUAUUAUCUACAUCCAAUCCAUCAAAACGAGUAAUCGCCAUAGAUGCAACUUGGUAUAUGCCCAAUAAUCCCAAAAAUGCUAAACAAGAAUUCAUUAAAGAACGUAUUCCAAAUCUGAAAUUUUUUGAUUUAGAUAAAUAUAUUGAUCCAACCAGUCCAUAUCCUCAUAUGUUACCAUCAAAUAUAUCAAUUAUGGAACAAGCUUAUAAAGAUUUACAAUUGAAUUUAAAUGAUUCAAUUGUUGUAUAUGAUAAAUUGGGUAUAUUUCUGAGUCCUCGUGCCGCUUGGACUUUUUCAUUAUUUGGUCAUCCUAAAGUAUAUUUAUUAGAUAAUUAUUUAAAUUAUAAACAAUCAGAAUAUCCAAUUGAUGGAAACCCUCCACCAAUUGAAGAAGAAGAACAAAACAAGGGAGAAAUCGAGAAUCUUGUUAAUCCAGUUAAACUUGAUCAAGAUCAAUUUAAUGAAAAUUAUAAACAACAAGUUAUUGAAUAUGAAGAAUUAUUAGACUUGGUUACAAAAAAAAAAAAUAAUGGAUAUGGAUUGAAAGAUUAUUUACUUUUAGAUGCUAGAUCAUUAGAUCGAUUCAUUGGUAAAGCCAAUGAACCAAGACCAGGAUUAAGUUCUGGUCAUAUCCCUGGUGCAAUCAAUUUACCAUUCAAUACAUUAUUAACUGGUAAUAAUAAUCAAUUCAAAAAUAAACAAGAAAUUUUAGAAAUUUUCCAUGAAAAAAAUAUUCUAAAUGGUAAUGGUGAUGGUAAUGGUGAUGAUAAAAUUGAAAAUUUAUUAACAAAUUAUCCUAAAGGGAUUAUAGUCAUGUGUGGAACUGGUGUUACUGCUGUUAUUUUAAAAUUUGGUAUUGAAUGUAUUUUGAAAUUAAAUGUUCCUGUUCGUGUUUAUGAUGGUAGUUGGACAGAAUGGGCUUCAAGAGCACCUUCUGAAUACAUUCAAAAAGAUAUUUAA